UCUUACAAUGUUGGUCCUACCAGGAUGGCUCCUGUGUAUGUAUACAAUUUUAAUAAGAAUGAGAAACAUAAUCUUCAGUAUAUGAAAUGGGGGUUGGUUCCCAUGUGGGCGAGAAAGGAGGCCAUGAUCAAGCAAUUUGAUUUCAAAUAUUUCAAUGCAAGAUGCGAAUCGAUAGAGUCAGGAAAAUUAUGGGCUACUGUUAGAAAUACCAAAAGAUGUGUUGUUCCAGUCCAAGGCUAUUAUGAAUGGUUGCACGAUGCUAAAACCAAAGAGAAAAUUCCAUAUUAUGUAAAGAGAAAAGAUGAUAAAUUGAUCUUUCUAGCGGGUUUUUAUGAAUCAGUUAGUUAUACUAGCUUGAGUAAUAAUGGAAAAAUUGUCUUGAAUUCAUUUACAAUUAUAACUCAGCCUGCAUUUAAAGAAUUAUCAUGGCUACACAAACGAAUGCCAGUCAUUUUAAAGGAGAAUUCUAACGAUUUUGACAAAUGGAUUGAUAAUAAAACAAACGAUACAUGGUCUGAUUCUUUAAAAAUUUGUUUAAACUCUUCAAGAGAUAUAAAAUUAGAAUGGUUUAAAGUAAGUAAAAAUGUUGGUAAAAUGGCCAAUGACGGUAAAUAUCUAAUUGAACCAAUUAAAUCUAGA